ACUAAUUGUACUAUAACUAAUUACUAACUGUUUACUGCUCACACCCCAUUGACAGUACUCAAACCAAUAUGACCGGAGAAGUGGCAGAGCACACGACGAAAACGUUCAAGUUUUCGUACCCGACCUGCACGAACGAGGAUGUGUUCUUCCACCUGGAGGUGCCGGUGCAGGUCCCGGGCGCGCGCAGCGGCGGCCGCGAGCUCGUGCAGCGCGCCAUGGCCAUGUUCCACGUACCGGUUUAUCUGGAGGACGAGCUAAAUGAGAAGCUAGCCCAGUUCAUAGCGGAGGAAAGCAAGAAGUUCCACGACGAGCGCGACGCACGGCUGCUAGCUGCCCUUCGGGGGGGUGAGGGAGGGGGAAGUUUGGAGGGGGGCGCAGAGGGGGCCGUCAAGCGGUGGGAGAAGAGGUUCAAGGAACAUGUGCGGGAGUACGCAGAGCAGAAGGACACCUCUGAUGAAGAGGUAUUUGCGGCCAUGUACCACAAGCUGGUGCACUCGCCCGCCUUGGAGACAGUCCUGCGCGCCGAGGCGGGCUACGCGGCCGAUGUGCGCGCCGCCGCCACCGCGCGCGACGCUGACGUCAAGCAGUUGACACAGAGACAAACAGAAGAGAUGGAAGAAGCGCUCCGCAACCUGAACGUGACCACGACUGAGGAGCAGAUCAACGCCCUCGCGGCGCGGCAGUUCGAGGAGCAGGCCCUGGCCGCCGCGCGCUGGGGCUCGCAGCUGGACGCGCUCGCGCAUGCGCAGCGCGCGCAGCACCGCGCGCAGCUCGCGCACGCGCUCGAGCAGCAGGCGCCGCCCCCGUCGUCCCCCCUGUCCCCGCUGCUGGCCCCCGCCCACGGGGGAGGGGGGAGCAAGGCGGCAGCGGACAUGGAGGAGAGCUUCACCAUACACCUCGGCUCGCAGCUCAAGCAGACGCACAACAUACGCAUCGUGGCUAUGGAUGUCGAGGACCUGUUCGACACUUCCGGAGACAGUUCCUGGGACGGCCCUCGCCUCCACACCGCCCUCGCGCUGUACUCGGGCGAGCUGGCGGGCGCCGUGGUGCUGUGCCAGGCGCGUGCCUCCGCCACGCCCGCUCCGCCGGCAGCAUUAUUGGAAGCGGCACGGGCCGCUCCCGACCACCACUUCCCGCCACUCGACGAACAGCUGAGGACUGUUGCUGAACGAUCAGCGGAGCCUAUUGAGAAGCGCAACGCGGCGCGGCACGAGCGCAGCGUGGCCUCGGCCGCCAACGGAGCUCCCGUUGUUGCCGGCGGAGCCCCGCGAGCGCGCCGCGGGCCCGCCACCGGCGACGUGUUCGUCACCCGCCACAGCAACCUGCCCAACGCGCAUGUCGUGUUCCAUCUGGUCAUCAACGACGACGCGAGGGAGAGCGGGGAGAUGACGUCCCGCCACCCGGCGAUCCUGGGCCUCCGCUCGGUGCUGCAGGGCGCCAGCAACAACGACGUGACCGGUCUGGCGCUGCCCCUGCUCCUGCGACACGAGCUCACGGAGGAGAUGACGGCGGCGUGGAUCGUGCGUCGCGCGGAGCUGGUGCUGAAGUGCGUGAAGGGGUUCAUGCUGGAGGCGGCCGGGGGAGGCGGGGCGCAGCUGGGCACGCUGACGCUGUGCGUGCCGAGUAGUCUCGCGCCGCCCGUGUUCGCCGCGCUGCGCGCGCUGCUGCCCGCCGUGUUCAGGAUCUCCACGCCGCUCAAGAUCAAACCCCGCGAGUAGGUCACGGGUCCGACCCCGGGAUACACAUAUGUUACGCGCUGAAGUGACUGAACUUUAUGUAAACGCGCGCGUCUCGAAGAACCCUCGACCCUCGCGUACCCUCGGCCCUAUUCGAACGAUGCUCAAUAUGAGAAGUCGCAGCGGUACGAUACCGAUCUGUCGGUGUAGCUUUUUGGCUGAAGAAGUGACACUUGAUCCUGACAGAUCAAAUGUUACUUCCCGCUGUGAAUUCUUAUUUUAAGCGUCGCUCGAAUCGGGCCGCCCUUUAUUUGCCCCCGAAACUUAGGUCCAUGUUUUCCUCAUCAGUUUUCAGGAUAUCUACUCCACUGCAAAUCAAGUCAUUCGAUCGGUGUAUAGUGUAGUAAAUAAAGGUAGUGGACCCCGCAGUAAUUCCUCAGCCAGAAAAAACUUUACAGUAUGAUAAAGUAUCAAUAAAUAAAAAGUAUUGUAUAAAUUUCCAAAGAAUAAUAAUAAAAGAAUUAAAGUAAAUACCUAAAGUCUUAAAUCGUUAAUAUCUUUUUACGGAAAAAUGCUCCGUUCAAACUUUCUUCACCAGACAUAUUCAUGUAACGUAUUCCAACAAUAUAUGAAAUAUCAAAAAAAUAUCCCAGCAGAAAUACCAGUAUUAAUAAAAUAAAAUUUUUUGGCGUGUCUUGGACCGGAAAAUUGCUCAGUCAAAUUUUUUCACUGGAAUGCCAUUUUAUUGCCGUUUUAUACCUACAAAAUGAAAAUCUAAAAAUUUUCCACUCUCAGUUUUUAAUAGUUCUAUAAUACAUACAUUUCGAUACGCAUUUUCUUUGGAUUUUUUUACCCACUGCGCCAAAUUAUAUUCUAAGAUCAUAUAAGAAGAAAAAAAUGACAGCAAUUUUCCGAUGAAAAUGAGCGUCAAAAAAAGGAAGUAUCAUAAAAAAAUAUUCUCAUGUUUGACAAAACUUUUAGAUUUUUUUCUAGUAUCACAUACUGAUACAAAUAACUUAUUUUGUAAAAUCAUUUUGGACUGAGGAAUUACUCGGUUCAAUAUAUAAUCAGAUUUGUGUUUUUACCUAACUUAGGAGUGUUUUUUUUUUGGAUAUUUAUAAUGUUAGUCUCGGCUCAUACUAUACAAUAACCAAGCUAAAUUUCAUCGACUGAGAAAUUAAUGCAUGGGUCUCCAUACAACAACUUGCUUCAUUUACUACACUAGUAAAGCUCCUUUAAAAAUGCAAUAUAACGCGGCACACGUCCGCGAUUGACUGACCAGACCAGACCCGUAUAGAUCGAUUCACGAAAGCUGGAUUUACUGAAUGAAAAUAUGUAUAUAUAUGUAUCACAUUAACCAAUAAAAUGGUGGCUCUGACUAUAUACCAAUACAGGUGUCACUCGUCCAAUAAACGUUUCAUUCGUUCCAUUCGUGCUAACUUUCGUGAAUCGACCCGUAGAGCAAGAUCGUAGAAAAAGGGGGGUUAUUCCCACUAGUUACCACCAAGUUGUUACCAGUGGUAACUACUGGGAAUUUUUUUCCCACCUUUUACCACUGGUAACUACUGGGAAUAAAAAUUCCCAGUAGUUACCACCAACUCGGUUUAGUGGUAACUACUGGGAAUUUUUAUUCCCAGUAGUUACCACCAAAAUUUUGUUAGACUUAAAUACUAAUAAAAACACUAUAAAUAGUGUAGUAUAAAUAUAUAGAGUCAUUUAAUAAAUAAUUAUAAGUCGAUUAGUGUUUUAGUAAACUCCCUUAAAAGUGACCAAAAAUAUUGAAACAGUUUAACCUGUACUAGUACAAAAACUAUGAUAUAUGUACUUAAGGAUAAAUAUAAUAAUCCAUUUAGAUGAUUUUUCAAGUGAUUUUAUUAGGUAAUUCAAAAUAACUCUAUUUAUACUAUUCAUACCUACUGUUUUUAUUAGUAUUUAACUCUAACAAAGUUUUGGUGGUAACUACUGGGAAUAAAAAUUCCCAGUAGUUACCACUAAACCGAGUUGGUGGUAACUAGUGGGAAUUUUUAUUCCCAGUAGUUACCAGUGGUAAAAGGUGGGAAAAAAAAUCCCAGUAGUUACCACUGGUAAAAACUUGGUGGUAACUAGUGGGAAUAACCCAAAAAGGGCGAUACUUAAGGGGCAGGAAAUUGAAUUGGUACCUAAUGGGAAAAAUGAAAAUAAAAUGCGCAUACAAACUCUCUACAUUUAUUCAUUCACAAUAUCAGUAUAUGUCUAUCUAAUAAUUAAAAUAGUAAUAUAAUAUAUACCUAAUAAAAUAAAAGUGAUUUGGUUAGACGUCAGUUUGUUCCCUUCAGUGAACCUACAUACCGUAUACAUGUAUACAUACAUAGGCAACCAGUACUGUACUGUCGCUUACUUGAGCUUAAUGUAUGUUAUAUUUGUCUACUAAAACUAGGUUUUAGGUAUUAUACAGUUCAGCUCCAACUUAAGUAGAGUAGUAUUCUAAUCACAGGGUCAAGUCGAAGCGGCCGUCGCGUCGUUAAAGUCUAUAAUAUUUAUAUCUAAAAUACCUCUUGGCAAAGAAAUCGGUCAGUUUCUAUUUCCACACUAAUCAAAUCAAGGUUAAAUUUGAAGCAUCUUACUCGAAGAAAUGCAUCAUUUUUAAUAAGCAUGCAAGGAACGAUUUGUAAAAAAAUGUUAAAAGAUGAUCCUGUUUAUCCUGAUGGGUAUCAAUAAGUACUUUUCUGUGUUCAAUAAUAAGCGGUCAGAGGACACAAAGUACUCGAACUGCAAAACAUUUCAAAACUUGAAAAAACCUUAUCAAAAUGGCCUAUUUCAUUGCAAGAGAUAGCAGAAGUUCUGCGGCACUAUCCUACGUAGGAAGCGUAAAAUCGAGAGCGUGCGCCACUUACAAUUAAAUUGUACUCAUUAUUAAAAUUAACAAACACAUAAAUGCACCGUUAUAGCAUCCGGCUUUUGAGCAGGUAAAGUAAAAUUGGCCUAAUACAUUCCAAAAAUACCAUAUUUUUUCAUGCGAAUCGUGUAAAAGUUAAGUAGCCAAUUUCGUUACACCUCACGACAUUGUGCGUUCUAUUCCAUCCUUGCUUACCAUUGCAAAGCAAAAAUAUCAAUUCAACUAAUAGGGCCCUAUCACACUGGCGAUAGGCGAGCGCGCAACAUCUCGCCGCGUUCAACGUAUUUUCAAAGAAUCCCAGUAUCUUAGUACGCAGCGAGAUCGGUGCGCUUGCCUCGCUUUCAACUCGCUCGCAAAUCGCUAGUGUGAUAGGGCCCAUAUUUAAACUCAAAAAUAUUUUGACACAGCUUAUUAUAAUCUAAUAAUUGUAAUAGAAUGCCAGUCAAUAUAUUUGUAAGUGAUAGUAGACUAGAUAUUUUUGAUGUUGCUAAGUGAAUCCAGAGGAGGCUAUUUUUGCGCGACUAUAAACUAAAAAGAAUCCAUCGAAGACAUAGUUAACUGAAUGAAGUUCAUUUAAGAAUGUCCUCCUUAUAAAAUAAAUAAGAUAAAACAUAAUUCGCCUAAUCGGAACCAUUCCAAAAGAUCUUCUUAAAAUAUCUGCCAUCUCUGGGGUCCUGAAAGUAAAAGAUAAAUAUUGUUAGUUGUAAGUUACUGUAAUAUUUAUAUGUUUAUAGGCAAUACAGGAAAUAUAAAGUUUAUAUUUUACGUAAUGGAA